GAAGGUAGCAGGAGUCACGCGUUGUUUGCCUGAAAAUACAAACAUGGCGGAUGAUGGAGAGUCGCUGGAGUCUUGGCUUAAUAAAGCCACCAACCCCUCCAACAGACAAGAAGACUGGGAGUAUAUCAUGGGAUUCUGUGAUCAGAUUAAUAAGGAGCUAGAAGGUCCACAAAUCUCCGUCAGACUAUUGGCAUACAAGAUUCAGUCCCCUCAGGAGUGGGAGGCAAUGCAAGCAUUAACGGUUCUUGAAGCCUGUAUGAAGAACUGUGGGCGAAGGUUUCAUAAUGAAGUUGGGAAAUUUAAGUUUUUAAACGAAUUAAUUAAGGUGGUUUCACCCAAAUACCUCGGAGAUAAAGUAUCAGAAAAGGUGAAGAAAAAAGUGAUAGAGAUGCUGUAUAGUUGGACAGUGUCGUUACCAGAUGAAGCGAAAAUUGGUGAAGCUUAUCAGAUGCUGAAGUCACAGGGUAUUGUUUUAGCUGACCCAGAAAUCUCUCUUGAUGCUACUUUAAUACCCUCACCGUCUCCACGACCCAAGAAUCCAGUAUUUGAUGAUGAGAAGAGGAGCAAGAGAUUAGCAGAACUGCUUAAAAGCAAAAAGCCUGAAGAUCUGCAAGAGGCCAAUCUUCUCAUCAAGAAUAUGGUCAAGGAGGAUGAAGUGAGGACAGAAAGAGUAAUAAAGCUAAAAACCACCUUGGAGGCUGUCGACAACAGUGUCAAACUUCUUAAUGAGAUGCUUGUUCACUUCAGCCCAGACGACUCCACAGAUGGAGACAAGGAGCUUAUUAGGGAGUUAUAUGGUGAUUGUGACAGUCUUAGGCAAACGGUAUUUAAGCUUGCCACUGAGACUGAGGAUAAUGACAGCAGCUUGGGAGACAUUUUGCAGGCCAGUGACGAUCUCUCCCAGGUCAUUAACUCCUACAAGAAGAUUGUGGAAGGACAAACCAUCAAUGGGGAUUCCGGAGUAGCACAACAAACAUCAGUCAGACAAGGCACUGGACGCACAAACCAAUCAGAGAUUCUGAUUGACCUGGUGGAUAUGGACACACAGAGUCCCUCUCCAACCAAGCAGCAAACCCCAGUAACUCCUCAGUCCUUUCCUGUCGACCUGCUGUGCGGAUCAGCAGCCACUGAUGCUCAAAGUCUUAGCUCACCCUCUGCAGCAUUCUCACUGCUGGAUGAAGAGCUGCUAUCCUUAGGCCUCAAUGAACCCGUUCCUGUUCCAAGUGAAGCAACACAUAUAAACCUGAGCAAUCAUUUUCAGGAUUCCAGUAAAAAUGUGGGCCUUUUUGACACCAGUUUACCAACAGUUCCUGCAUUCUCUACAUCUUCACCCUUUCUAGAUGGCCUACCUACAACAACCCCCACUUCCUCGAUGGGUUCUGCCCACACUUUUACAACUGCCUCUGGCUUAAGCUUCUCAGGCCCUGUUUUUUGCACACAUCCCGUUUCUACAGCAUCUGUCCCGACCACAUCAGUUGUUCUACCACAACCCCUCAGUUCGGUACUGACUUCCAUGGCCCCAGCUGCUCUUCCUCAGUCAUUCAGCACGACUUUGCCUUCUUCGUCAGCUACACAUGUUAACCAACAGCAGGUCACCAUUUCAUCUGGAGUCUUUCACUCACCCUCAGCUUCUGUCAGUAACAAUCUGCAAGACCUCUCCUUGCUGGAUCUGGGCAGUCCUAAUAAUUUUGGUGUUACUUCCACUACACCCAAAUCACUGAUUGCAGGAGGAAUGCAAGACUGGCCUACUCCUCCCACUACCAAGAAUCAGGCAGAUGACAGCCCUCUGCUACGCUCUCUGUCCCCCAUCCUUCCCCUGAGCCAAGUCAAUCCAGGCUGGGGACAGGAGGUGUCCCUGGCUAAUGUAUUUGUCCCUUUGGAUGCCAUCAAGCCAAGUAAAGUGUGUCCUGUGACAGCAUAUGACAAAAAUGGUAUUCGUCUGCUGCUGCAUUUUGCUACUGACUGUCCACCUGGCAGGUCUGACGUGUUGGUGAUGGUGGCGUCCAUGCUUAACACAGCCCCACAACCUGUCAAGAAUAUUGUUCUGCAGGCUGCUGUGCCCAAGUCGAUGAAAGUAAAGCUGCAGCCGCCCUCGGGGACAGAACUGGCUCCUUUUAACCCAAUACUCCCCCCUGCUGCCAUAACUCAGGUCAUGCUGCUUGCCAAUCCUCUUAAGGAAAAGGUUCGGAUGAAAUACAAACUGACUCUCACUCUGGGAGAGCAGCCACUCACAGAAGUGGGGGAGGUGAAUGAGUUUCCACCUGCUGAAACAUGGGGGUCUCUAUAGCCCUGCCUAGCCAUUUAGGAUGGCCAGACACCACACUUAAACGAUUUAGUAUGUCAAUGGGAAAAAUAAAUUUAUAUUGUAUACUUUAAUUGAGAAGCUCUAGAUGGCCUGCUUAAGUAGCCAAAGUUCUGUAGUGUAUAUCCAUAUUUAGUUAUGACAGUGCUGGGAGUAGUCAGUGACACAGUAACAAACCAUAAACACAGGUUGAAUGUGGAUUGGAUGAAGUGUUAUUUUUUGGUGAAAUUUAACAUUUGCAAUGUUGUAUUACUAUUUUGUCCUUCUCCUCUUUAAAUGUACUCCUGUUUCUCUAUCAUAUCAGAAUAUAUUGGAUAAGACUUAAAUGGAGCAAAAACACACUGAUGGAGAAUUUAAAGUCAUGGUUAUAUGAUCAUGUCACCAUAAACUGAAUUUCACAGGAUUUUCUGCUGAUUUUAUAUAUGAUUGAAAAAUGGUGAAGACUCUGGGCUGGAGCAGACAAAAGCCCCUCUGUUACUAAUUACUAAGCACACAUAGGUUGGAUUAUGGGUUAUGUUAAAAUGUUGUUUCUCACAGUUGCUACUGAAUACUUACUGCGUUUAUACUAAAUCAUAGCUCAGAGUCUUAUACUUAGAACGAUGUUUUUAGUAUUUCAGUAUUUAUUGUCAUGAAUGUAUAAUUUAUUUUUCUUUGGGAGAAUGAUAUCAGAUCUGUUACCGUACUGAAUAGUAUUGCCAUCCACACUCAGUAUUGCUGUGAGAGAUAUACAAGCCUGAAGCUGUGUCUCAGAGGCUUAAAUGUUACCAAAUGUUCAGAUAGUCAUGUUUAAUUAUGUUACAUUAUUUAUUGGAAUCCACACCUAGGUUGCUAGGCUACAUGUCCUGUUCCAUGACCAGGCUGUAAAUUCUGGAUAGUGUUUUAUUAAAGAAAUUCUUGCUAGAUAUAACUGUAGCCAUGUACAAGAGACUACUAAGGGCAAGAAUCAGGUGUUGACCCUCUGAUAAGCCGUGGACGGUAUAUUGCUAGUCAAUUAGAUACUAAAUAUAUACAUUUGACCUGAAAGACAGUGUGAUGCUGACAAUUCUCUCAAUAUCAAGCAUAAAUGUUGUUUGCAUAAGAGUAUUCACAUCAAACUAAGUACAUCAGUGGUAAAACAAUAAAAAAGCUUACAAUGUCAUCAUCUGAAACGUAUUUAUUUUUUCUUUCUGGGGUUACUUUUUCCUUACAUAAUAGUUUUCUUAAAAUAUUAUUUAUUUAUCUUUGAAUGUUUAGCUAAUUCGUCAUUGCAUUUUUUCAAAGAUACUUCUGUGUUUGGGAAAAAAAAUAAAGACUGGGAAUGAUCUAUUUCUCUUA